UUUAUUAAAGAAGAGAAAAGGGGUAGCCAUGACUGUAUAUUUAUAGGGGAAUUCCUGUAGAGCUUCAAUGGAUCAUGUGAUUUUAAUGAAGAUGCCUAGCUUUAGAGGAAUAGUCAAGGAAGAAAAGGGUGUUGAAUCUCUCAGCCAUGAAGAGGGUUGCAGUCAAGAAGAGUCUCCAAAGGUUGAAUUUGGAGGACAAAUCAAGGAAGACAUUAAUGGCCUGAAGGUCUCUUCAAACAAACAUGAUGAAGACAUAGCAGAUUGCAAAGAGGAGGAUGAGAUUGAAUCAGCAAAAGCUGAAAUGGGAGAUGUGAGAGAAGAGAAUGAAAGGUUGAAGACGAUGUUGGAAAGAGUAGAGAAGGAUUACAAGUCUCUACAGUUGCGUUUCUUUGACAUAGUGCAACAGCAAGAGCCUGCCAAGAAGCCUGUGGCUGAACAUGAUUCAUCUUCUUCCUUUGAUGAAUCAAUCGUGGAGCCUGAGCUGGUUUCGCUUUCUCUUGGAAGAAGAAGCAGUAGUGGCUGUGCUUCAAGUGAGGCUAAGAAAGAAGAGAAAACAAGCAAAAGCACAAGGGAAGAAGAAGAGCUGAAGGGCAGUUUGACUCUGGCAUUGGACUCGAAUAGUUCAGAAGAGCAGAAGGAUGAGGCUGAGAAGGAAGCAACGGCUGGAGAAGGUUGGCCUCCCAGUAAGAUGUUGAAGACGGUGAGAAAUGGAUCAGAUGAUGAAGCUUCACAACAAAAUCCUGUGAAGAGAGCUAGGGUUUCUGUGAGAGCCAGAUGUGACACCCCCACGAUGAAUGAUGGGUGCCAAUGGAGGAAAUAUGGACAGAAAAUUGCAAAAGGAAAUCCAUGUCCAAGGGCUUACUAUCGUUGCACUGUUGCCCCCGGAUGCCCCGUUAGAAAGCAGGUGCAAAGAUGUGUUGAUGAUAUGUCCAUUUUAAUCACAACCUAUGAAGGAACUCACAAUCACCCACUUCCAGUUUCAGCCACAGCCAUGGCAUCCACCACCUCAGCCGCGGCUUCCAUGCUAUUAUCAGGCUCCUCCACAUCUCAGCCAGGCCUCGGUUCCACAGCCGCCAUCACCACUGCUGCCACAGCUUCCAAUGGAUUGAACCUUGGUACCCUCUUUGACAAUUUAAGAACAAAACAAUUCUACACUCCAAAUCAGUCCUCUUCUUUGCUCCCAACAAUCACUCUAGACCUCACCACUCCACCAUCCUCCAGGUUCUCUCAUUUUAACAGGUUCUCUUCCACCCCAAGAUAUCCCUCAGCAAGUCUCAACUUCUCUUCUUCUUCAGAAUCCAAUAUGUUGCCAACGCUUUGGGGAAAUGGAUACCAUGCUUAUAAUGGCAAUACUUUGCUCUAUAACAAUCAAACUCAAAGUGGGAACAUUUUAAGCCUUGGAAAACCAUCCCAGGAACAGUUCAAUUUUCAGUCUUUCAUGGAUAAUAAAAACCAGCAAGCUGCAUCUGCAUCUCAACAGGCCUUGGCCGAGACUUUAACCAAGGCUAUUGCGUCGAACCCAAGUUUUCGAUCAUUGAUAGCUGCUGCACUGUCAACAAUGGCUGGAGCCAGUGGUAAUAGUGAUCAACAAAGCGGAGGGGAUAGUGUUUUUGGACAGAAUUUGAUGAAUCAAAAUGGGAAGGGUUGUGCAUCAAGCUACUUCAAUGGAUUGUCAUCUUCUAGUAACUCUGAAGCACCAAAUUUGCUCCAAUCUUCACUGCAAUUUCCAAUCUUUAAGAGUAGCGGUACCUCUAACACUAUUCACAAUAACAACAAUCAGAGCAGCUGAUGCUGUCAACUGAAAGUGUAAAACUUCAUGCCCACAUGAAAUGAUGGUGAAAAUCAAAGUGCGUAAUUUUUCUUCAUUUUCUUAGAUGUUUUACCGUGUAAUAUUUAUACAUAAGAUCAGCAAUCUUGAAUUAGUCAUGUUUUA